AUGGCACAAUCACAAAUUACAGAGAAGAGUUCACAUCUUGCAAGCUCUGAUGCUUACUUUGAGAUGGUCCAAAGCAGAAAGAAACUGCCCCAUAAAUUGCAGGAAUCCUUAACAGCUGCAUUUGCAAAAAUUCCAGGUGUUUCUUGCUACGUCAUUCCAGUGAUCGAAAUAGAUGCAGACACUUCAAUUAGCAAUGCUGUCAAAAUUCUUUCUGAAUCCAACAUUUUAUCAGCUCCUGUGAGGAGCUCAGCUGUCCAGGAUGGUAAUGACUGGAGAGAAAGAUACUUGGGAAUACUUGACUACUCUGCUAUUGUUCUUUGGGUGCUUGAGAAUGCAGAGAUAGAAGCAGAAGCCCUAUUGGCCAAUUCAGCCGCAAUUGCCGGAGCUCGUGUAAGUGCUGCUGGUACUCUUGGAGCACUAGCAUUGAGCAGCACAGCAGGUCCUGCUGUUGCUGCUGGCCUAACUGUUGCAGCAGUUGGUGCAGCCGUAGCAGUUGGUGUUGCUGCAGAAAGAGGAAUAGGAAAUGAUGCUCCAACUGCAGCAGAUAAGUUAGGCGAGGACUUCUACAAAGUUAUACUUCAAGAAGAACCCUUUAUAUCAACAAUGGUGGAGUCAAUUGUAAAAUCCCACCGCAGGGCACCUUUUGUACCAGUAGCUAAAGAUAGUUCUAUGUUGACUGUCAUGCUGCUGCUAUCAAAGUAUAGGCUGCGGACUGUACCCGUGAUUGAAAUGGGAAAGCCAUUCCUUAAGAGCUUCAUAACUCAAUCGGCUGUGAUACAGGGCCUCGAAGGAUGCAAAGGGAGGGAUUGGUUUGACACUACUUCUGCUCUUCCUAUAUCGGAUCUUGGUCUCCCUUACAUGUCCCCUGAUGAGGUUAUUAGCAUCGGAAGUGAUGAACUGAUUUUCGAAGCAUUUAAGAAAAUGAGAGAUAACAACAUUGGAGGUCUUCCAGUUGUUCAAUGGCCAAAAAAGAAGAUUGUUGGCAAUGUAAGCAUAAGAGACAUCAGAUUCUUGUUACUUAAGCCUGAGCUCUUCUCCAAUUUCAGGCAAUUGACUGUAGAGGAUUUUAUGAACACGGUUUCUUCAGCAACCCAUGAACCUAGUAAGGUUGCUACACCGAUAACAUGCAAGCUUGAUUCAACUUUUGGUAAUGUGAUAGACAUUCUUGCUUCCAUGUCAGUUCACAGGAUAUAUGUCACAGCUGAUGAAGAUAAUGAAGUUAUUGGCGUGAUUACACUCAGAGAUGUCAUCUCUUGCUUCAUCUUCGAACCACCAAAGUUUUUUGAUAACUAUUUUGGUUUUUCUGCACAAGAAACGUUGGCGGAAUGAUGCAUCUGCUGGUGAAUAAGCAAGAUGUGUGUGAGUAGAUG